AGUUGUUGCUGUUGAGCCUAACCCAGGUCCCUGGUUACUCUCUUACCCUUGUCCCUAUUUAUUUAUUUAUUUAUUCAAUUGUGAUUUUGGUGGAGGUCACUCCUCUGACCUCUCACUCUCUCUCUCUCUCUCCCUCGCUCUCACAAUCUUUCUCUCCUCUCUGUGUUGGGUCUCUAUAAUCCACUUGCCAUUUCCACUGAGCCUCUCUCUUUCUCGUUGCAUUUCUUUCUCUUUCACUUCCCUCUCCUCAUUUCGUCUCUCCGCGUCUAUCGCUUUCUCCCUCUAUCCUUUUUGAGCUUCGUCGACCAACCGAAACCUCUCUCUCUCUCUCUCUCUCUCUCUCUCCGGUACGCACGCUUGCUUCUCAGCAAUGUUGAGAAGAUCUCCGUCCGCGGAGCUCAGCCUCCUCCUUCUCUGCUUUGCUCUGUUACUUCCUUCGCUGUCACUCGCCGAGUCAGAUCGGCUUGAAACCACCAACUCCACCGAGUUGAAUGUCUCUCUUUCUAAGCCCAAAGAAGGCAGCUUCGCACACAUGAUUGAUCAAGCUCUGGCCAACGAGUUCCCCGAGAACGAUCAACCCGAAGCGGCUGAUGCUGGAGGCUUCAAUAACAGUGUAGCCGAACAGCAGGCAGUUCUGGAAACUGUAGCCAGAGUUAAGUCAAAGAAAAAUGACACAAAAGAGGAAAAGUCAUUUCAACUGCAUCAUGUUUUUAAUCUGGAUAAUGAAAAUAGAGCAGAAGAUACUCCUACUUUGAUAGAUCGGAAGGACAAUGUCUUUAUUAUAUCUAAUUUCAAAUCAAAAUAUCCAGUUCUGCAGCUAGACUUGAGAUUGAUAUCCGAUUUGGUAGUUGUUAUUGUGUCAGCAACUUGUGGUGGCAUUGCCUUCGCUUGUGCUGGACAGCCGGUUAUUACUGGCUAUUUGCUAGCGGGAUCUUUUAUUGGACCUGGAGGGUUUAGCUUUGUCAGUGAAAUGGUCCAAGUUGAAACGGUGGCUCAGUUUGGUGUAGUUUUUCUUCUUUUUGCGCUAGGCCUGGAGUUCUCCAUGACAAAGCUCCGAGUUGUUCGAGCAAUUGCUGUUCUGGGGGGCCUGCUUCAAAUUUUCCUAUUUAUGUGCCUGUGUGGUAUUACAGCCUCGUUAUGUGGUGGUAAAGCUUCUGAGGGGGUAUUUGUUGGCGCGUUCCUUUCUAUGUCUUCAACAGCAGUGGUAUUGAAGUUUUUGAUGGAAAAGAACUCUACUAAUGCCCUUCACGGUCAAGUUACCAUUGGCAUCCUUAUUCUGCAGGACUGUGCUGUGGGUUUACUGUUUGCUUUGCUUCCAGUACUGGGGGGGACUUCUGGUGUUCUUCAAGGAGUGAUGUCCAUGACUAAACUGUUGGUGGUAUUAAUUUCUUUUUUGGCUAUUCUGACAAUAUUAUCUCGUACUUGUGUCCCUUGGUUACUUAAACUGAUGAUAAGCCUAUCAUCACAGACCAAUGAACUAUAUCAAUUGGCAUCAGUUGCGUUCUGCUUGCUUGUAGCCUGGUGUAGUGAUAAGCUGGGGCUAAGUCUAGAACUUGGUUCCUUUGCUGCUGGAGUGAUGAUAUCAACGACUGAUCUUGCACAACAUACACUAGAACAAAUCGAACCCAUUCGCAAUCUUUUUGCUGCUCUUUUUCUGGCCAGCAUUGGGAUGUUGAUCCAUGUCCAGUUUCUCUGGAACCACGUGGAUAUAUUACUAGCAUCAGUUAUUUUGGUGAUCAUCAUAAAAACUAUAAUAAUCGCCAUUGUUGUCAAGGGAUUUGGUUACAACAACAAAACUGCACUUCUUGUUGGAAUGUCUCUGGCACAGAUAGGGGAAUUUGCUUUUGUUCUUCUCAGUCGUGCUUCUAAUCUUCAUCUAGUUGAGGGGAAAGUGUACCUGUUGCUUCUUGGGACUACAGCUCUUAGUCUGGUGACAACUCCUCUGCUUUUCAAGCUUAUUCCUGCUGUGGUGCACCUUGGUGUGCUUUUGCGGUGGUUCUCCCCUGACAGUUCUGUUGAGAUUGGAUUUAAAGGAGAUGUUCUCCGCUCAGAAAGUGGAAAGCAGCGUGUUAUAUUGAUUGACGAGGAACCUCAUGUUUCGUGAAUACUCUCUCUCUCUCUCUCUCUCUCUAUAAAUAUAAAGUGAAAGGGAAUUUCAGAGUGUUAUAUGACAAGUUAUACUUGAGCCCUCCUUUCCCAACAGUGCCACUGAAGUUGAUUGGAUUGAGUUAUAUUGACAAGUUAUACAAGGGCUUUUCCACGAGGGAUGCCAUUACUAAUUACCAGUUCCUGUGAUCAGACUCGAAAUCAACCGCUCAAAUUGAACCUGAGAAAUGCAAGAACGGUAAAGAGGUAAUAAUCUAACUGGUGAAAGGAGUAACAGAUGAAGAAUAUCUAUCUAUGAUUCAUUCGUCUCCACUGCGGGACAUUUGUGGAGACCCUAUUCUUUUCAAGUGUAACAUAGUUUCAAUUUUGUAAUUUAAAGUAAAUCGUGUUUCAUAGUUUCAAUUUUUUUUUUUCUUUUUCUCUGAUGUACAAAACAGUACCUAACUGUAUUUCCUUUUUUAUUCUCAAAAUGAUUUAGUUUUUUAGUA